GCGCGAUCAUCAGACGCAUCAAUAUAUAGCAGUAAUAACACCCUAAAAUUCUGACAUCUUUUCCUUGUCAACACACCAUCAUGUACGGCGAACUCGGAAACAAACUGGUCCGCCGCGUCCUACUCCCCAAAUUGCAUCCGGCGCUAUUUGCUAACAGCACCCACACAGGUCCAACACGCCAAACGCACGCAAUCCCUCGUCCACCUCCCCCCUACCAAACCGAACUGGUACGCACCGUCGCCCGCGAAGUCCGCAAUCUCGACCGCGACGUCGCCCGCCUCCUCGAACCCUUCGGCGGCAGUUUCAACCCCUCCGCAGAUCCAGCGACCGCCUGCGCCCUACUAGUCGACCACAUCUGCACGCGCCGCAACAAGCGCUGUCUCCUUGCGUAUCACCGCGUGCGCACGGAGAAGCUCGAGGAGCUCUGCUGGAAGGGGGUUGAUGCGGGGAACCAUAGCUCGUUGAGUCCUGAGGAGGAGGAGUAUUUUCGGCAGUAUAGUGAUAUGCUGGCGGCGUAUAAGGGGCAGUGGACGGAUAUUGAUUUGACGGGGAGCUUGGAGCCGCCGAGGGAUCUGUUUAUUGAUGUGAGGGUUUUGAAGGAUGCGGGGGAGAUUCAGACGGAGUAUGGGGUUAUCAAUCUGACGAAGAACAGUCAACUCUACGUUCGACAGGGCGAUGUGGAACGGCUGAUCGCGCAAGGGUUCCUGGAGCGACUGAGCUGAUAGGAAUUGAUGAUGAUAAACGGCAGGCGGAUUGACGACUUGAGAUACCCAUUGUAUAUACGGUGCA